AUGUCACCCGCCAACCAGUCUCUGGAACUGUGCAAGGACCGCAGCGCCAGCCACCAACUCCACCUGGUUGGAUACAGCCUGAUUUUCACCGCCGGCUUGCUUCUCAACGUCACGGCCCUCUGGAUCUUCCUGUACUACCUACGCAUCAAGUCGGUGGUGAGCAUCUACAUGCUGAACUUGGCUGUCAGCGACCUCCUCUUCACCGUGUCUUUGCCGUUCCGCAUCUACUAUUAUGCCGUGGGGGAAUGGCCCUUUGGGACCGUCCCUUGCCAGGUCUCUGGCUCUGUCUUCCAGAUCAACAUGUACGGCAGUUGCCUCUUCCUGAUGUGCAUCAACCUGGACCGCUUUGUGGCCAUCGUCUACCCACUCCGCUGGCGCCACCUCCGGCGCCCUAAGGUGGCACGGCUGCUCUGCCUGGUGGUGUGGGUGCUGAUCCUGAUGGGCUCGGUGCCCGUGGCCGGCGUCCACAAAACCACGUCGUGCCAGAAACCAAACCAGACCGUCACGCUGUGUUUCGAAAGCUUCAGCAACGACCUGUGGCAGAAAGGGCUCUUCCCCUUGGUCGUGCUGGCGGAGAUCCUCGGCUUCCUCCUGCCUCUCACCUCAGUGACCUACUGCUCGAUCCGAAUCUUCCGGAUCCUAUGCAUGCCCGGGCGGGACCGGAGCCUGCGCCAGCAGAAGACGAUCCGCCUGCUCGUGGUCAAUUUGGUCAUCUUCAUCAUCUGCUUCGUCCCCUAUAACAUCAUCCUGGCAGCCUACGGGAUGAUCAAGGCCCGCGUGUUCCUGACCGAGCAAACGACGAAGGAGUCUGUGCGCCAGGCCCUGGUCGUCACGGUGCUCUUGGCCAGUAUGAACUGUACCCUGGACCCCUUGGUCUAUUACUUCAAUACCGAAGGCUUCCGAAACACUUUAAAGAAACUGAGGAGAGGGCAGGCUUGGGACUCCGAGACGGGAACGCUUCAGACUCGGGUGACGCAAAGCAAACCGUACCAGGCGGACGCGAAAGCAGAAGCCAAACGAUUCCCGGUGCGGCCCUUGAUUCUCCCGCACAAGGAUGUGUCCUUUGCCGCUCCUAAGAUAUUUCUAAACAGCCCCAUCGAAGACUCUGAAAUAUAA